AUGAUUAUCCCAGUACGCUGCUUUAGCUGCGGCAAGGUUGUGGGUGAUAAGUGGGAUGCCUACCUGGCCCUGCUUCUCGAUGGACGCACGGAAGGCGAGGCGCUGACGGAGCUGCAGCUCAACCGAUACUGCUGCCGUCGUAUGGUGCUUACCCAUGUCGACUUAAUUGAGCGUCUGCUUCACUAUAACAUUCAUGAGCGCAAGAGCAAGCCUUUUGCAUAA